CGGAAAAUAAUUGAAAAAGUCGGAUCGACCCGAUCGUAUGGUUUAAGAGUAGCUCCGAUUUGACCCGAUUUUAAACUCUGAUACUCAGAAGAAGAGUGAAAUAGAGACGUUGAAAAUGCAGUAGGGUGAGGGAGAGAGAGAGAGAGAGAGAGAGAGAGAGAGAGAGAGAGAGAUGAAGGCGGUGGCGGGUAUGGUGGUUUCCAAUAAGAUGCAGAAGUGGGUGGUGGUGGCGGUGGACAGGCUGUUCCAUCACAAACUCUGCAACCGAUACGUGAAGAGGACCUCCAAAUUCAUGGCCCACGACGAGCAGAAUCAUUGCAACAUCGGUGAUCGAUUCUCUUAUCGUUGACUGCUUAGAAAAUGUAACCAAACAUGACAUAAGCCAAGCAUAUGCGAGAAGAAUAUGAAAGCUUUCCAGCAUGUAGAAUCGUGAUUUCACUUUCUUCUGGCAGGUGAAGCUUUUGUGUAGAGCAUCUAAGAGGCCGACAUGACCAGGUUUAGCCAAAGCAAGUUCUUUUAAUUUCUCGAAUAUUUUGUUUGUAUGGGAAUGUACCUUUACUCUAAAACCUAAUUAUGAGGAAUUUAUAUCUCCAAUUCUGUACUGAAUUUUCCCACUGAUACUUUUGAUAAAUUCUUUAUAUAUCAAUGCUUCAUUAAGUAAGGCAUUGAGCUUUGUAUUCUUCAGGAAAUGGUUGGUUGAUUUCUAGAAAAUCUAUAUACAUUUGUAUAUAUUUAUGUAUGUAUGUGUUUGUAUAUAUUAGUGUAUGUAUAUGUAUGCAUUUAUGUAUGUAUGUUCUCCUUUAGAAAGAGGCUUAAACAUAACAAGUGCAUUGAUUCGUGUCUUGCCAACUGCGGUUCUAUGCAUUUGGGAACUUCAUGUCUAUACCAUGCUCACCCACGUGACGGUAUCUCUGCUGCCACGUGCAACUUGUGACAUCACACCACAACCAUGUCAGUUCCACCUGCUCACUUGAGACAUGCUCUUAAUUUUGGACCCUGUUUGCAUCCCCAUUCACAUCCAUUAUCUUCCUUCAUAAAUGAUCUCCUACAGUAGUUCUUUCCAGAUCCUACUCUUCCGCUAUCUUGAGACUUUCUCUUGGUGAGUCUCCUUACCCAUGGAUUUGGGGACAACAUCUACUUCCAAAAAGGUCCGGCGAGAGAGAACCCCAGGACGCUAUAAGGGCGUUCGAAUGAGGGCUUGGGGUAAGUGGGUUUCUGAAAUCAGGCUUCCAAAGUCAGGAGACAGGAUAUGGUUGGGCUCUUAUGAUGCCCCAGACAAGGCAGCUCGGGCCCAUGAUGCUGCUGCGUAUUGCAUUCAUGGUGAACGUGCAGAGUUCAAUUUUCCAAAGAAUAGAAGGCCAGUGCUCUCUAAGGGCUCGACAGUUUCCUUGUCCAAGAAGGAUAUACAGACUAUUGCAACAGAUUUUUCUUCAGCUGAUGUAUCAGAGUCUACUCCAGUGUCGUCUACAAUGACAACCCAGGUUCCAUCUGAUAAACCAGCUUCUCCAAAUUUACUGGUUUCUAAGGGUAUGGCAAGUGCAUAUGAAGUGGAUAGUGGUUCAUUUGCCCCACGUUGCGCUACUGGAGAAGCUGUUGCUUCACUAGAAAAUAUACAAUUGGAUGAUUUCCUCAUGCUAGAUACAGAUUGGAUAGCUGAUUUUUAUUAGGUAUUUAUGUGCAUUUACAUAUUUAUAUCCACUUAUGCAGGCCAGUCGACAGAUGUUGUAAUUAAUGUGAUUAUACUAUAAAACUAGGACUUGGGAAAGUCAACACGUGCGACAUCCUCCAAAGAAGACGACCGUCUUCUUGUUUAUCUCCUCAUUGGUGCAUCUUGUGCAAAGUGUGUGAGGAAAGUGUGGAUCGCUUGUUCUUGCAUUGUUCCUACUCAAUAAGGCUGUGGUGGCUCUUGUUGAAGGAAACUGAGGCUGUCUGGGUUAUUCCUAAAGAGUGUUUCAAGCUCCUUUAGUUUUCAAUUUGUAGGUUUAGGAAAAGGGAACCUAGCUUCAACCUUAAGGGGCUGUUUGGUGCAGUCUAUGUUUUGGAAUAUUUGGCUGGAACGAAUUAGAAGAACUUUUGAAGCUUAUGAUGUGGACAUGGACGCUCUGUGGCUUAGAGUGAAAUUCUGGGCAGCAUUGUGGGCUUCGGUAACUUUGGAGUUUUGGGACUAUCCUUAUCCUAUCAUUAUGAGGGUUCUUGUAGCUGUUGUGAAGUGAUCUGCCUUUAGUGUUGGGUUUCUGGGUUUUCUCUGGGAACUUGUUUCGUUUCUUUGUUUUUGCAUGGGUUUGGUAUUUUGUUCCUUUUUUUUGCUCAGUUCGU